GUUUCUCGAUUGUUAGGUGCUUUCAGAAACCAAAAACAGGUGACCAGAAGUUUUAGUAGUGCUGUACAAACAGUAACUUUAAUCCCAGGAGAUGGCAUAGGACCUGAGAUUUCUGCUGCUGUCAUGAAGAUCUUUGAUGCUGCCAAAGCUCCUAUUCAGUGGGAGGAGAGGAAUGUCACAGCUAUCCAAGGACCAGGAGGGAAGUGGAUGAUACCUCCAGAGGCCAAAGAAUCCAUGGAUAAAAACAAAAUGGGAUUAAAAGGGCCUUUAAAGACCCCAAUUGCUGCAGGGCACCCAUCAAUGAAUCUGCUUCUGCGUAGAACCUUUGACCUUUAUGCAAAUGUUCGUCCCUGUGUCUCAAUUGAAGGGUACAAAACCCCCUACACAGAUGUGAACAUUGUCACAAUUCGAGAGAACACAGAAGGCGAAUACAGUGGGAUUGAGCAUGUGAUUGUUGAUGGUGUUGUGCAAAGUAUCAAGCUGAUCACAGAAGAAGCCAGCAAGCGUAUUGCAGAAUUUGCUUUUGAGUAUGCCAGAAAUAAUCAGAGAAGCCACGUUACUGCUGUGCACAAGGCAAACAUUAUGAGAAUGUCUGAUGGGCUUUUCUUGAGAAAAUGCAGGGAAGCAGCAGAAAACUGUAAAGACAUUAAAUUUAAUGAAAUGUAUCUGGAUACCGUGUGUUUGAAUAUGGUUCAAGAUCCAUCACAAUUUGAUGUGCUUGUUAUGCCAAACUUGUAUGGUGACAUCCUCAGUGACUUGUGUGCAGGACUGAUCGGCGGUCUUGGAGUAACACCAAGUGGAAAUAUCGGUGCUAAUGGAAUUGCAAUUUUUGAAUCA